GUGGGGGGCCGGGGGGUCUCGGCCAUGGCACGGAGCCGUGGUGGCGGUGGCGGUGGUGGCAGGGGGGCGGCCGGGCGGCUGCUGGCCCUGCUGCUGGCCCUGCUGCUCGGCGGGACGCGGGGCUUCGGCGACGAGGAGGAGCGGCGCUGCGACGCCAUCCGCAUCGCCAUGUGCCAGAACCUGGGCUACAAUGUCACCAAGAUGCCCAACCUGGUGGGCCACGAGCUGCAGGCGGACGCCGAGCUGCAGCUCACCACCUUCACCCCCCUCAUCCAGUACGGCUGCUCCAGCCAGCUCCAGUUCUUCCUUUGUUCAGUCUAUGUCCCGAUGUGCACAGAGAAGAUUAACAUCCCCAUAGGUCCCUGUGGUGGCAUGUGCCUCUCUGUCAAAAGAAGAUGUGAACCUGUUUUAAAAGAAUUUGGAUUUGCCUGGCCAGACAGCCUGAACUGCAGCAAAUUCCCACCCCAGAACGAUCACAACCACAUGUGCAUGGAGGGCCCGGGAGAUGAAGAGGUUCCCCUUCAUAGCAAGACGUCCUUGCAGCCUGGAGAAGAGUGCCACAGCAUGGGAUCCAAUUCCGAUCAGUACAUCUGGGUCAAGAGGAGCCUGAACUGUGUCCUCAAAUGUGGCUAUGAUGCUGGGCUUUACAGCAGGUCAGCGAAGGAAUUCACAGAUAUCUGGAUGGCCGUGUGGGCUAGUCUUUGCUUCAUAUCAACUGCGUUCACAGUCCUGACCUUCCUGAUUGAUUCAUCCAGAUUUUCCUACCCGGAGCGCCCAAUCAUAUUUUUGAGCAUGUGCUACAAUAUUUAUAGCAUUGCUUAUAUUGUGAGGCUAACUGUGGGCCGGGAAAGGAUAUCCUGUGAUUUUGAAGAGGCAGCAGAACCUGUUCUUAUCCAAGAAGGUCUUAAGAACACAGGAUGUGCUAUAAUUUUCUUGCUGAUGUACUUUUUCGGGAUGGCUAGCUCCAUCUGGUGGGUUAUUCUGACAUUGACGUGGUUUCUGGCUGCAGGACUCAAGUGGGGCCAUGAAGCUAUAGAAAUGCACAGUUCGUAUUUCCACAUUGCAGCCUGGGCUAUCCCUGCAGUGAAGACCAUUGUCAUUUUGAUUAUGAGACUGGUAGAUGCAGACGAGCUCACUGGCCUGUGCUACGUUGGGAACCAGAACCUGGAUGCGCUGACGGGCUUUGUUGUUGCUCCGCUUUUUACCUACCUGGUUAUUGGAACUUUAUUCAUUGCAGCUGGGUUAGUGGCCUUAUUUAAAAUCAGGUCUAAUCUUCAGAAAGAUGGAACUAAAACUGACAAACUGGAAAGACUGAUGGUUAAAAUCGGUGUCUUCUCAGUGCUGUACACUGUCCCAGCAACGUGUGUCAUUGCCUGUUAUUUCUACGAAAUCUCCAACUGGGCCAUUUUCCGCUAUUCGGCAGAUGAUUCCAAUAUGGCAGUGGAGAUGCUCAAAAUCUUCAUGUCCCUCCUGGUGGGUAUCACUUCAGGUAUGUGGAUCUGGUCAGCCAAAACUCUGCACACGUGGCAGAAGUGCUCGAACAGACUGGUGAACUCAGGGAAAGUGAAACGGGAGAAGAGAGCAGAUGGUUGGGUGAAACCUGGGAAAGGGAACGAGACUGUGGUAUGAGAAAAGGACGACACCCCGAUGGUCUGACUGCUCUCACCUGAAGGACUGAUUGUGUAUAAGCAUUGCAGUGUAAAUGCUGGGAGCAGAGUGGGGAGACAGUAGCAAAACUUGUCUCUUGAGGAAGGAAAAAAAAAAAGCCUUAAAGAAUAAGCAAACAAACAAAAAAAUCAUGCUGCAAAUACAAUAGCCAUAAACCAUGCUGCCCAAAAUAGGAAAGCCCAGGGAGGCUUUAAAAGCUGUGAAAUAUCCAAACACAUUAUCUUCCUUUUUUUAUAAAGUAGGAUGCAAUAUACUGAAGUCUUUAGAAGCAGUGGGACUGUAGCCCACAGCUGUGGGAUAUUGUCUUGUGUUCAUUGUCUUACAGCUGAUGGAGGAAAGGCAGUCUGGGUCCAAGUUCUGUGCUGAUUUAGGGUCCAGUUACCAGAGAUGGAGCACCGAGAACCACAAUUAGUUGUCUUCUUUCUGAGUUCAGCAUCGGGAAGGAAGUGCUCGCUGAGGGUUUUGUCUCUAUACCCUGGGGAAUUCUGUUGCUCCCGUAUGCUGCACGAGUCAGCCAAGGAUUAGGUCCUCCAACAAAUAAUUAAGUGGACUUUCCAAACUUGGGAAUUACCCAAACUAAGAAGGAUUUAGUGAGGUAUUAGUGAGGAUGACUCUUAAGUCAUCUGAUGGUCUAAUACAAAUUUCGUCUCCUUUUUACUGUCUGUAACCUAGUCUGAAUUGAGUGUUUUGAUCAGGAAUUUGGACCUCCCUAGGUUCCUUCCAACCUGAAGUAUUAUAUGAUUCUGUCAAUAUUUCAUAUUUUCUUAAAAGAAGCUUUACUUAAGGUCAUUGUCAGAAGUAGAGGAAUAUGCGGGAGCUUGGAAACUGUGUGUGCUGUUAUGCAUCACUUAUCAUUGUUCGCCUGCCUCUGUUCCCAUUCCUUCAGGUGCUCCUGCUAUUUCCAGCUGACUACUUUAUUCUGCUGCGUUUAAUAGCUUUAAAUGAAGUCUUACGUUAUAGUGCUCCUUCCUACAGGAAAGAGAAAAAUGAGUUGAGGGUCUCUUCAGAACAAUGUCAGUUUUCUCCAAGUAAACUUAUCUGGCUCUCUGGAGACCCAUUGCAUGAAGCAAUUAAGUCUUAAUAUAUUUCAUUCGGUGCGAUGGUAUCUCUGCAGACGCCAGUCUGGGAGAAGCGAAAUGUUGAGUUCCUUGGCAACCUCAUGUUCACACAGAUCAGUUGUAUAAUUAUGUGUGUCAGUUACAAUUAAAAGAACAUUCUCAGUCCAUGACAUCGCAGUACAGCUGACUGCCUCAGAACGAGGCUCCAGUUGCUCACUGACAGCUAUGGAGAUUUUUUUUUUAACAUGUCGAUGCAUACAGAAUGCGAGCAGGCAUUCACUCCUCAGGAAUGACAGAAACAUUGUCAGCUUUCUGAAGGGAUCCAAAGAGAAGAGAUCCAACUUCUUGAUGAAUAAUGUUUCACAGCAGCUUUCAGGUUGUCUUAUCCUUUUAAUUGUGGAGGUAUUGGCUUGUGUUUGUGGGAAGCUUGAACCUUGUGUCUGGGGCUGGUUUGGCUAUUAAGAAAGGUGAUGCAAACAGUGGUAGCCCACAAGCACUUAAGAGAACACUGGUUCGAUGCUCUGUCCCUUUGAAGGACCUUCAGUUUUAUCUGUGUACCCUAAACUUUUGCUUCAUUUGUUUGUGUGGAACCUGCUCAGCUGCUGAGUGCCGCCCCAGUGCCCAGACUCCCACGACUUUCGAGGGCAACUGAGAACAUGCACUGCUUUAGUACAGUCCUCACUUUUCCUACAGGUGCCCCAUGCGCUUCCCAAACCACAAUUCAUUCCAGCUCUGGCCGUGAGCGCUAAUCUGUCCCAGAAGUGUGAAUUGUUUCAAUGUCAAUGUUGAAACAUGUGCUAGAGCAUAUUUUAAAAAACAAACAAUCAACCAAACAAACCCUAAUUGCAGUCUUUGUGGUCGGGCUCCCUCUCUAGCAGAACAAGUGACAACUUGACACAUUCUGCUCAAUGCACAACCAUUGUCUUGGCCAGCACUGCAUACCAGCUGAGCCUUUUGAUCCUCUCUAUAAAGUCUCUCACCAUUAGUGUUGUGUUUGGAUCUGGCUAUUCCUCUGUGGACGAGGAGUUCUGCAAUACGAAAUCUUCAGAUGGCUCAGACUCUCCAUGAUGCGAUCUGUCGGCUGACACAGCAAGGGAUGCACAACCAGCAGCUGUAUUUUGACUUUCAAGGGGUGAGGACACAGUAUGAGCCCUGUCUUGUAACCUAGCCUUGGCCUGUGCCAAGGUGUCACGUUCACUCAAGUGUCCUUCAGUCUGAAGCGCCCUGGAUACUCUCCUGGCUGAUACGACUCCUGCUUGACCUGACUGAUUCAACAAACAGCAUUUUUAACUGUGUUAUGUACACAGAAGUGAAUGUUAAGUAGCACUCCUGUUACCAGAUCCCUGCAUCUCUGACUGCGGCACUGUGGACUGUGACAGAUGGAUGUCCCUGGUGAUUUGAGACACUGGAAAUGAGUUGGUUGAGGACAGCGCUGCGUAGCCCCGUGGGAGCUGAGCAACUUUAAAGUGUGAGGCACUCAGAUUUUGUGGAUAGGGGAGGGGAGAGACACCAGCGGCUGUCCCUGGAGGAACAUCUUUCCCAAUCUCUCAGGGGGCGCUGUGCCAGCUCUUGCAGUGACAAAACCAUUCCAUGAAUGUACCCAUCCAUCUGCAUUCACCUUUCUCUGCUCCGGGGAUGCCUGAAGGGGAAGUCACAGCAGACAGCCCAAAAUCCAGCAGUCACGGAGAGCGGGUAUCUCCAACUCGUCCGUUCUCUCGUUUCAGCGUUGUUAUGAAUUUAAAGCCAAAAAAUGUGUGACUAAUCCUCUCUCGGAAGUGCAGUUGCUGUGGUUAUACAACGAGAAACCUUUCGGCGGUUACCUUCCUGGCACGGGCCCUGCUCUCUCCAGCUCCGUCUGCCCGUCUCUCCCACCCCAGUGCGUGCUCUUCUGACCGCACGUUUCUGAAGCAUCUGCCGGAGAGGUACAAGCCUGGCUCCUGCGUUGAACAGGCAGGUUAGCUCCUUUCUCUGAGCUUCUAAGGAAAUAGACACUGAUUAUUUUGGGGUGUACAGAAAAUAUAUCUGCUCUGAUGUAUGUACUGUAAAUUUCUAAUUUAUCACUGUAAAAAAAAAAAAAAACUUUGCUAUUUAAUUUUUAUAUCAAAAUAAAAUUUUAACCUCUGUGGAUAACGAA